CGGGGGGGGCCUCCUAUAGCCCUCAGGACGUUUUAUCUGUGGGCCCUCCGAUAGCGUCACAAGUCGGCGACUGAGCCUUGGCGGUGGUGGCCGAGGCGGCGAAGGCGGCAGCGGCGGCGACAGCUCUGGGGUUUGCGUCUCGGGGUGUGUCGGCCGCCGCUGCUGCUUGGGCCUGGUAUGUACAAAUGGCUGGUUAGGAUUCUCGGCACCAUUUUCCGUUUCUGUGACCGGCCGGUGCCCCCAACCCGGGCCCUCCUGAAGAGGCGGCGCUCGAACAGCACUUUGUUUUCUACAGUGGACGCUGAUGAGAUACCAGCCAAAAGACCAAGAUUAGAUUAUUUCAUUCACCAAGUCAAAACCAGUCUCUACAAUGCUGCCAGCUUAUUUGGAUUCCCAUUCCAGCUGACCACAAAACCCAUGGUAACUUCUGCUUGUAAUGGAACACGGAAUGUGGCCCCUUCAGGAGAGGUAUUUUCGAACUCUUCAUCUUGUGAACUGACAGGUUCUGGAUCCUGGAACAACAUGCUGAAACUGGGUAAUAAAUCUCCUAAUGGAAUAAGUGACUAUCCGAAGAUCAGAGUGACAGUAACCCGAGAUCAGCCCCGCAGAGUCCUGCCUUCCUUUGGUUUUACUUUGAACUCAGAGGGGUAUAACAGAAGACCAGGUGGCCGUCGUCAUAGCAAAGGCCCUUCAGAGAGUUCCUUAACCUGGAAGCCUCAGGAACAGGUUGUAACAGAGAUGAUUUCUGAAGAGGGUGGCAAGGGUCUGAGGCGUCCCCACUGUACCGUGGAGGAGGGUGUUCAAAAAGAGGAAAGAGAGAAAUACCGAAGGUUAUUGGAGCGACUUAAAGAAAGUGGUCAUGGAAACUCUGUUCCUCCUGUAACUCCAACUUAUCACAGCUCUCAAAGAAGUCAGAUGGACACAUUAAAGACCAAAGGCUGGGGGGAAGAGCAAAGUCACGGAGUCAAAACAACUCAGUUUGUUCCAAAACAAUACAGAGUUGUUGAAACAAGGGGACCUUUAUGCUCAGUGAGAAGUGAGAAGAGGUGUUGUUCAAAGGGGAAAAUUUCUGAUACAGAGAGGACAGUUGGAAUCAGACUUGAAAAUGAAGGUAGGAGGGGACACCAGCUGGAACCUGACCUAUCCGAAGAGGUGUCAGCCCGACUCCGCCUGGGCAGUGGGAGCAAUGGCUUACUCAGGAGGAAAAUGUCCAUACUUGAGACAAAAGAAAAACAUUGCUCAGGCAAAGAGAGGGAUAAAAGGAUGGAUGAUCUUCUUGAACUUACAGAGGACAUGGAAAGGGAAAUCAGUAAUGCCCUAGGUCAUGGCCCACAGGAUGAGGUCCUAAGUAGCGCUUUCAAGUUGCGAAUCACUCGAGGUGAUAUCCAGACCUUGAAGAACUACCACUGGCUCAAUGAUGAAGUCAUUAAUUUUUACAUGAAUCUUCUGGUGGAAAGAAACAAAAAACAAGGGUAUCCAGCACUUCACGCAUUCAGUACUUUUUUCUAUCCCAAAUUAAAGUCUGGUGGUUACCAAGCAGUGAAAAGAUGGACCAAAGGGGUCAAUCUCUUUGAACAGGAACUUAUUCUGGUGCCUAUUCAUCGGAAGGUACAUUGGAGCCUGGUGGUGAUAGACCUAAGAAAAAGGUGUCUUAAAUAUUUGGAUUCUAUGGGACAAAAGGGCCACAGGAUCUGUGAGAUUCUCCUUCAGUAUUUACAGGAUGAAAGUAAGACCAAAAGAAAUAUUGAUCUGAAUCUUUUAGAGUGGACCCACUACAGCAUGAAGCCACAUGAGAUUCCUCAACAGUUGAAUGGGAGUGAUUGUGGAAUGUUUACUUGUAAAUAUGCAGAUUAUAUCUCUAGGGACAAACCUAUCACAUUUACUCAGGUGAGUGGAGCCCCCUCCUCACCCACUUACUUGUUAUCAAAGAAGAUGAACUCCAAGCGGGUUCCCGGUGCCUGGUGCACAGUAAGGUCUGAAGAAUGGCCCCUGUGCCACCGCUCUUGCUCUUGUAACCCUUGGCCGUGGCCCUGCUCCUGCUGGGAUCAGGGUUUGGCACUGCAUCUGCUCUUAGGUUUCUCCUCCUUUUUGGUGACCAGUGAGGCGGUUUGCCUAUCUCCGAACUCCAGUGUUCACUAGCUCCUGAGUAUUACUGGUAUUUUUGGCCAAAGGAGGAGGUAAGUAAGAGUGUGUGUGACAGCCCGGGGAAAUCAGGCCUUGUGAGAAGGUAAGCUGCGGGUCUGAGCUAGAACUACAAAUACUGCCUUCCCCUUCUGUGCUGGUUACUUGAGGUUCUCCGGGGCUCUGUAUUUGAGCGGGAAUUCGAGUGUGUUGGGAACUCUUGAGAACUUAUGUUUGUAAUAAUAGAUUCUCAACCGUUUUAUAACUGAGUCAGGACAACCCCCUUUAAAAUAUAUUUUUCUUCAGCAGACCUCAUUUGGGUAGAUGUUGUCUACCAGACUACUUACUGAAUAGGACUGAUAACCCUAUUCCAAGCUGGUGAGCAAUAUGAAGUAACUAGGGCUCCCAUGCUGAAUCACUACAAUUCUAGUCUAAAAUAAAGGCACUUUUUAUUGGUUAGUUUUAGUAGUUUUACUAAGAAUAAAUGUGAUUUUUUUUUUCUACUCUAUGUUUUGAACUAUUUAAAAUAACUUACACAUCCAUGUAUUAAGACUUUUUAGGCCCCUCCAGGUAGGAAAUCACUAGUUUGUAGUAAAGUGAUAUAUCCAUCUUAUAAUGAGAUACCAGGAGUACCUCAAGGGUGUGAACUUCUGAUUUCAUCAAAAAGAGGACUAGUUGAGUUACAGGUAAUUUUGGAUUUGUCUUGUGUGUUGCUGCUUUGAAAAUUGGCCCAUGUAGUGAUUAUCAUAAAGCAGAAUAAUAUAUUGAGCAAAGCCAUUUCCUUCUUUGAUGCUUCUAAAUAACAAGGAGUUAUUUGCUCUCUGAACCUACUGACGUGAGAUUUGAAGGACAGAAGUUGCCAUUUGAACAGAAUUGACAAUGUAUAACAUUUGGUAAAACAGGGAGAAAUUUUUGAAUGUUUUUUCCUUUAUUUAAAUAGAGUUCAUGUUUUUCUCGAAAAAGCAAAAUACGUUCAUUUUAGAAUGUUCUGUAAGUAUAUGUAAGUAGAAAAGUUUCGUAUUAUGCUACCACUUGGGUGUUUCCAUUUUGGUUCACGUCUUUGUGCUAUGACAUAGUUGUGGGAUUCUAUUGUAUAAUUCUGCAACCUGCUUUGAUUUUCCUUAACAUGUAAAACUGCUUCUGAUACAGACAAUAUAAUAAGAACAUUAUAACCUCAUCUUUGGCUUUGUAAGUCUGAACCAUGACAUAAAAGAGUCAAGGCUUCUGUAAAGGACAUGGUUUAUUUACAUGAUUGUGCCUCGAGGGUUUUACUGUGUGGCAUAUGAUGUGUUGUUUG